AUGUCAUUCACAAUUUUAAUCAUUCUAUUAUGUGCUGACUUCAAUACUGCACUUUCUAAACGUUAUUUACAUUUGCAACUCUUCUGGCAACUGUUGUUACCAAUGGACUAAUUUAGCCAGGGUGGUUUCAUAAAGGGUGGUUAAAACCUUGUACGUUCAUUAUUCUGAGGCUUCUCCAAGGCGUCCAAUGUCGUAGCAAUGACAAUCAUCGUAGCUAAAAUAGGAAUUGUUCUUUGCUCUGUUAAAACAAAGGUUCUUCCAUUUCAUCUUGAAAUUAUGCUUCGAACGCAUGACGUGCUAAAUGUUGUCUGACUGGAUUUGCAAUACCAAGUUUGGACCAUUUGGGCGACAAGCUGAAAGUAAUCAGCAGGUAGUUUUCGUCUGGCUCCCAUUAGAGCUGCGUAUCGCAGAAACGGCUGAAGCUAAAAAAUUUUUUCAAUAGUGGAUUGUGUCUAUAGAUUGGACUCCUUAAAGAGACAGCAGCAUACAUUUGGUCGUCGUAGGCUGUCGGGUUCAAAGCUUUCGUGUAAAAUCGUUCAACAUUUAAAUUACCACUACAUUCUAUAGGCUUUAGAGUGAAGAACUAGGACUAGGCUCCGUAACAAUGUCGAAACUGUUUCUGCUUUUAUUACUCGGUGCCAUGUUAGCGGCGCCCGCUGAAACGGCAUUGAAUCAAUCAGAUGAUGAGCACGCUAACUAUAAUACGAGGCAGAUGCUUGUGGUGCCGAUCUUGGAAGAUAAACCUGGCCACAUCAAUUUCAUAGCUGAAACAAAGAGUCACCCGACGACUUACGCCGAAGGGAAUCACGGUGAAGGGAAAAAACAUCAUGGAAUUCACGUGGCUGAUUUUCGCUGGGACGAAAUUGGAAUCUACAUCACGUUCACUGCUUUCGUUAUUGUGGCCGGUUUGGCCAAAGUGGCCUUCCAUCACGCACACUUCAUCUCGUCUAGGAUACCCGAAUCAUGCUUGCUGAUUCUGCUCGGGACAGCUGUUGGCGGAAUUCUUUAUGCGGCCGGAUUUCAAGGCUCAAGUCAACAGGCUGGAUUGACCGGCGAGGAAAGUUUCAUGUUCCCCACGUUCACACCGAAACUGUUCUUUUUUUUUCUACUGCCUCCCAUCAUUCUGGAAGCUUCUUAUUCGCUGUAUGACCGAGCGUUUGCCGAUAAUACUGGAACCGUCCUCUUCUAUGCGGUCACUGGCACCAUCUUCAACACGUUCGUAAUAGGACUGUGUUUAAUCGGUUUGGUGACAAUCGGGUGGAUCGGUGCUGUCCAUAUCUCCGAGGGAACCAGCAUGGCAUCCUUGACUGACCAUCUCUAUACGUUAAAGCCCACUGACUGCUUAGUGUUUUCUGCGCUCAUCUCAGCUGUUGAUCCUGUGGCAGUUCUUGCCAUUUUUCAAGAAAUCGGCAUUAACAAAGACCUGUACUUCCUUGUCUUCGGAGAGUCUCUUCUUAAUGACGCCGUGACCGUCGUUCUCUAUGCGAUGAUGGUGGCCUUCGCUCAAAUGGAAGGCAAUGUCGGUGGAGAACAAUAUGUUCUUGGUUUCGUCUCAUUUUUCACCAUAAGCCUGGGUGGCUUCGGAAUAGGAAUCCUCUGCGGAUUGCUGACAGCACUCAUCACUCGCACCACGUCCGAAGUUCGCGUUGUUGAACCGCUAGUUGUAUUUGGAAUGGCCUAUUUCGCUUACAUGGGCGCAGAGCUUUUUCAUUUUUCUGGCAUCAUAAGUUGUAUCGGUUGUGGCCUUGUUCAAGCCCAUUAUGCCUUUCCCAACAUCUCGCGCAAGUCUCACACGACCGUGAAAUACUUUAUCAAAAUGCUCAGUUCAACAAGUGACUGUAUUAUUUUCCUGUUUUUGGGUAUGGUGCUCGUCAACGACGUCCAUGAAUGGCACACUGGUUUCGUCCUUUGGACCCUUUUGCUGUGCCUCGUUGUCCGGUUUCUUGGUGUUGUUAUGCUCACUACCAUUGCCAAUCGAUUCCGGCUUAAACCAGUCAACUUGCGUGAGCAAUUUAUAAUGGCUUAUGGAGGAUUGCGAGGCGCUGUCAGUUUUUCACUAGUAGAGAUGCUUUUGCCGAGCGUAAUUCUACCACGUCAAAUGUUCGUUACGACCACUUUGGUUGUUGUUUUAUUCACCGUCUUCAUACAGGGCGGGACCAUCAAACUGUUUGUCCACCUCUUAGACAUCAAGAAAGACAGUCAGUCCGUCAAAUAUCUUAUUAACGAAAUGAACGAAACGUUGUUUGAUCACUUGUCUGCCGGAUUUGAGGGGAUCUGCGGUCAGCGGGGAAAUAACUUCCUCAGGGGGAAAAUCGAACAGAUUGACGAGAGGUACUUAAGGCCAAUCUUUACGCGGCGCUCGGAGAAGGAUCCUCUGCAACUUUUGUUCGAGAAACUGACUCUAUCGGAGCAUGAGGCGAACAUGUAUAACAUAGGUGGUAAAACGCGUGAUUUUGCCACCACUGAACUGCCCGGAACAGACGAAUCGCUCAUGAUUUCUGAACUUAUGAAAGAAUCAACAACGUCUCUAUCUUCUGCGGGCAGCGUUAGAAUGUCAUCCUUACUUCAAGGAGCAUCAACAUACCUGGGCCACAUGAAACAGCAAGAGAGAAAAUCCUUGAGAAGAUUUGUCGAUGCCGUUGGUAUGUUGCGUCAGAAGAGUGCCCCGCCUGAGAACCUGAUCCUUCCACAGGUUUCCAAAUCCGCCUCACGGCGUUCCGUAUCCCUGGAUCCAGAGGUAACGGCGCAUGUAUUCCGUAAAGCUCUGCGGACCAACAGCAGCAAUCAAUCACGACGACUUUUUGAGAAGCGAAAUCUCAUCAAAGACGAUGAUUUGCCGGAUCCAUCCAAAUGGAUGUCUAUUCGGCGAAGGGUAUCGAAAACUUCCGACACCCUGCAGCCUGGUGAUCGUUUCGCACAGACUGUUUUAUCUGUCAUGAAUUCUGAGUUGCCCAAACCAAAAGGACGUUUUGCCCAAACUGUUGGCACUGUAAUGAACACACAACGGUUCAAACCCGGAACAUCAAUUUCGCCAUUAGCUACCUUUAAUGUAUCAUCGUCGAAUUUCGAUAAUGGAACCAAUGGUCAACAGCAACUGGACACAUGCUUUACUGAAAAUGAAUGUUCAUCCACAUUGGAGUCAAAUAAACAAUCUGGAUUAGGGAAUACCACGGGCCUUACAGCUCCGCUGGAAGUUAUCAUUGAGCGUGAUAAAGAGCGCAGUAGGUCCAGUACUCAUACGCAAGAUUCAGAAAAUGACGAAGAACAAGGGGCUCCACUAAUCAUGGCUAAAGCUGCUGCCAAGGGAGACACCGAAGUGUAAUAUUUUAUAAAUUAUUUGCCCAGCAAACGUUGUGUAGAGCAAUUCAAAAGGGACGUUUUAAAACUGAAAUGAUAACACUAUACGAAAUUUUCCCGUAAAAUUACUUUAGAAGGAUAUUCAACUGACGGCUGCAUGCCGCGUGAGUCGGCAUUGACGGUGUUUAUAAAAAGUUUUAGUUUGCCAUAUUUUGGUAUUAUUUAUGUUUCUGUACAUUAGAAGUUUUAGAAUGCCGCAUGUACUGCUUUUGUGAAACUUCUUAAACCUUAUCAUUAUCCAAUCUUAUACAAUAUUAUCAAAUAUACUUGAAAAAUAAA